GAGAGGGAAGCUCACUUUUCCCAUUGCUUCCACAGAAGUACGAUUAACAGCGAUAACUAUGCUAAUUAUUGCACUGACUGGACCUGGAAUGCACCUCACCGGCCGGAGAGGCGAUGGGUUUGGGUAAUAAUUAACUCCUUUUUCCCCUCAAUUACCUUUUAUUAGGAGAGCAGGAGGCGUCAAAGCAAAACAGCUGCACAUCUUCCAAGAAAAGCCCGUGUUUUCCGAAGGAACUCGAGCGGAGGCGCCUGAUUAAAGAGGAGCAGGCAGGACAAACAUUACCAUGGCCAGCUCAGCUUUGGAGUUACUCGGCUUCUCCCUCAGCCUGCUGGGCCUGAUUGGGACGUUGGUUGCCACCCUGCUGCCCCACUGGUGGCGGACGGCCCACGUGGGCACCAACAUCGUCACGGCCGUGUCCUACACCAAGGGGCUGUGGAUGGAGUGCGCCUGGCACAGCACCGGCAUCUUCCAGUGCCAACCCCACCGCUCCCAGCUGGCGCUGCCGCCCGACCUGCGCGCCGCCCGCGCCAUGAUGGUGAUGUCCUGCUCGCUGUCGGCGCUGGCCUGCGGGGCGGCCGCGCUGGGGAUGCGCUGCACGCGCUGCGCCGAGGGCACCCGCGCCAAGGCCUCCGGCGCCGUGUCCGGCGGCGCCGUGUUCGUCGUGGCCGGGCUGCUCUGCCUGGUGCCCGUCUCCUGGAGCACCAACGAGGUGGUCACGGAUUUCUACAGCCCCGUGCUCCCCGCUGGGGUGAGGUACGAGCCGGGCCAGGCGCUGUACCUGGGCUUCGCCUCGGCGCUGCUGACGGUGCUGGGGGGAGCGUUGCUGUGCCGGUGCCGCGGGGAUGGGGAGCAGUUCCAGCCCGGCAGCCUCCGGACUGUUCCCUCCUCCAGACCACCGGCUGCCUACAAGGGAAACCAUCCCUCUUCCCUGACAUCUGCUUCCCACGGCGGGUACAGGCUGAGCGACUACGUGUGAGUUCCCCGGGAGCGGCCGGAGAGACGCAGCUGCUCCGGGAUCUCUGUGCGUGGCACCAGGAGAAGCUGAGAGAACUCUGGAUUUACACUUUGAAUUCACACUUCGAACUUACAUUUCGAAUUUACACUUUGAAUUUAUACUUUAAAUUUGUAUUUUGAAUUCAUACUUCGAAUUCACACUAUGAAUUCAUACUUUGAAUUUAUACUUUGAAUUUAUAUUUUGAAUUCAUACUUUGAAUUCACACUUUGAAUUAAUAUUUUGAAUUUAUACUUUAAAUUUAUAUUUUGAAUUUACACUUUGAAUUUAUACUUUGAAUUUACACUUUGAAUUUAUACUUUGAAUAUACACUUUGAAUUCACACUCUGAAUUCAUACUUUGAAUAUACACUUUGAAUUCCUACUUUGAACGUGCACUUUGAAUUUAUACUUUGAAUUCAUACUUUGAAUUUAUACUUUGAAUUUAUAUUUUGAAUUCAUACUUUGAAUUCACACUUUGAAUUUACACUUUGAAUUUAUACUUUGAAUUUACACUUUGAAUUUAUACUUUGAAUUCACACUUUGAAUUCAUACCUUGAACGUACGCUUUGAAUUUAUACUUUGAAUUUAUAUUUUGAAUUUAUAUUUUGAAUUUACACUUCAAAUUCACACUUUGAAUUCACACUUUGAAUUCACACUUUGAAUUCACACUUUG